GAAGAAGAAUCAUGUUGGGAUUGGGAGAACUGGCCGGCCUACACGCAAGGGAGAUACCUGCAUUUCGGCAGAAUGACGCCCUUGAGGACUUAUCAAUGAAGGCAACUUCUUUGUCACGGGCCGGACGACACAACGACGGCCCGAAUGUCCUCUUCGUCGUAGUUGAUGACCUGCGCCCUGCCUUGGGCAGCUACGGGGAUGAUCUUGUGAAGUCUCCAAAUAUCGAUCAGCUUGCAUCGCGGAGCGUUGUGUUUCAAAACGCCUUUGCCCAACAAGCUGUGUGUGCCCCGAGUAGAGUGUCUUUUUUAACUGGACGGAGACCCGAUACCACUAGACUAUAUGACUUCAAUUCCUACUGGAGAGCGCGUGCCGGAAACUAUUCCACGAUUCCUCAGUAUUUCAAGGAGCACGGCUAUGUGACCAUGUCGGUUGGAAAGGUGUUUCAUCCUGGAAUUUCUUCUAAUCAUAGUGACGAUUCUCCAUAUAGCUGGUCAAUUCCACCUUUUCAUCCUUCCACAGAAAAAUAUGAGAACACGAAGACGUGUAGAGGGAAAGAUGGAAAACUUCAUGCCAACUUGAUCUGCCCCGUGGAUGUAGCGGAUGUGCCCGAGGGAACACUGCCUGAUAAACAGAGCACGGAGGAGGCUGUGCGACUGCUGGAAAGGAUGAGAAAUCAGAACAGUCCUUUCUUUCUAGCUGUCGGUUAUCACAAGCCACAUAUCCCCUUCAGGUACCCCAAGGAAUUUCAGAAGUUGUAUCCAUUGGAAAACAUCACGUUGGCACCAGAUCCUCAGAUCCCUAUCGAACUUCCUCCUGUGGCAUACAAUCCCUGGAUGGAUAUCCGACAGAGGGAGGAUGUCCAAGCUUUAAACAUCAGCGUGCCAUACGGUCCGAUUCCUGUGGAAUUUCAGCGGAAAAUUCGUCAGAGCUAUUUUGCGUCAGUUUCCUACUUGGAUACCCAGGUCGGGCUCCUGUUGAAAGCUCUGGAUGAUCUUCAGCUGUCUAAUGACACAGUUGUCGUAUUUACGUCGGACCACGGAUGGUCCCUGGGUGAACAUGGAGAAUGGGCCAAAUACAGCAAUUUUGAUGUAGCUACUCGGGUUCCCUUGAUGUUUUAUGUUCCUGGGAAGACUGCUCCAUUUGUUCAUCCAGGGGAGAAACGUUUUCCGUACAUCAGCCCCUUCGACUCGCUCUCAGAGGUGUUUUCUCCAGGAGUACAAGCCACAGAACUAGUUGAACUCCUGUGUCUCUUUUCAACUCUCUCCGAACUUGCUGGCCUGAAAGUACCGCCUGUCUGCCCUAGCUCUUCAUUUCACAUUGACCUCUGCACAGAAGCGCCGAGCAUCGUUAAAUAUUUUAACUUCUCCGAAAGGGAGGAAGACGGCUACUCUGAAGGGAGUCCUUUGGACCUUGUAGCCUAUAGCCAGUAUCCCAGACCUGCGGUGUUCCCUCAGUGGAAUUCUGACAAGCCAUACUUAAAGGACAUAAAGAUUAUGGGCUAUUCUAUCCGAACAGUAGACUACAGAUUUACUGUGUGGGUGAAAUUUCAUCCUGAAAAUUUCACUGCUGACUUUACUAAUGUUCAGGCAGUAUUUCAGAGUUGACAAUUCCAGUUCACGAGUUCAGAAGUCACUAACCACAGCUGAGUUCUGCUCUUAAAUCUUCCAUUAUCUCAGUGUGACAAAGACGUCGGUAAGUUUUCAGCAACCCUUAGGCCUGGAUCAAGAAUUUCUGGCCAUGAAAUCUCGCGUGACCAAGGCCAGAGAGAGCCCUCCCGGCCCACCCGCUGCCCUUCCUCCAAGUUCUGGGACCCAGGCUCUCUGUGCGGCCCUUGCCUCCGCUGCUGCUUCUUCCCACAACGCUGCUGCCUCCUGCCAUUUAAUGGGACCUCGCGACCCAUAUGUAACCAAGUAAGAAUGGAAUGAAGAAAGCAGGCUUGGUGUUCAUUGCCUUUAAUAUAAAACAACCCCAGUUGGUAGGGUUCCGUGAGAGUUGAGACGUUUUUUACCAUCAGGGUGGCUGACUCAUUUUCAUUUGUUGGCUGAUGCAGCCAACUUUUUUUUUUUUUACAAGCAAUUAUCACUUUAAUGAAGACAUUCUCCCACUGAGAUGUAAUAAUCAACUCUUCUAGAGAUCAGUGUGUUUGUGUGUGUUUGUGUUUUGGGUAGUGCAGGGGCGGCUGUA